AGUCGGGAUACACCCACAAGAAUAAAGAAAACACAAACAAAAAGUUCCCAUUUGCUGAAGUUGAAGUCUUGACCUUUCUGUUCUUAUUACAUCCUUCUAUUUUUGGCGACCUUUCCAUUACCUCCUUCCCACAUUCUUCAUUUUCUCUCCACUUUUCUCUGAACUCAAUCCUUGUUCAAUCAUCCUUAACCCUAGUAAUCUUUAAACAGGAAACUUGAUCGUGCAAGUUACAAAAGAAAGUUCCAACCUUUUCCAGUUUAUUUUAAAAGGUUUUGUCUGAUUUCUGUUUGAGAAGUGUUUUGGUUGGAGGAUCAUUGGAGAAAUUCGUAAGCAAAUCGAGUCUUUUGAUUGGUGGGUCUGUUUGAUUCUAUAAUUGUCCACAUGGGUUGCAACAGAUUAUAGCUUUGGUAACUCUGGUAUAAUAUGGAGGUGGGAGUUUUUUGAUUUGUUGAGAUAAAUGGUUUUGGAUUCUGCCAAGUGAUAUGAUGGCAGCAAUGAAGAAAUGGUAGACAAAGUCUGAGCUAAGAUUUUGUUGAAAUGGAGUUAAAAGGCGAUGUUGAUGUACCUGAAGAAAGGCCAGCUUCGCCAUUGUGGGUUUUACACCACAUAUCCGAGGAGGCAGUCAGGGUGGCAAAUGAAUACUUGAGUAGUGCCAACACAUCACCAGUUUGGACGGGACAUAAACGAAGUCAGAGUGAAGUUGUAAAGCAGACACACCGGCGCAGUAAUAGUUUCCAAAAUUUGAAGUCCCAAAUAUCGAAGGCUUGGCGGUGGGGUGGGAAUUCACAGUAUGAGAACGGACGUUUAAAUUUUAAUCCCGAGGUGCUGGCAAAUCAGAAACGCCAGUGGUACCAACUUCAUACCCAAGAUCGUACCAAAUAUCAGGAGCCCACUUCAUUAUUUGAACACUUCAUAGUUACGGGUCUGCAUCCAGAUGCCAAUCUUGAAGCUGUCGAGGAUGCCUUUGCUAGAAGGAAAAAGUGGGAGUCAGAAGCGGUUAAAUCAGAUGGGUGGGAUGGAAGGCCCUUGAAUUAUCGUGGCUUUUCACCUCCGGCGCUGGAUCCUCAGAUAAUUUUCAAAUAUCCACCUGGGAAGAAACUGCCUAUGCGCCCCAAGGAUUUAUGUGCAUUUUCUUUCCCCGGAGGUGUCAAGGCUCGGCUAAUGGAGAGGAGUCCGUCCUUGAGUGAUUUGAAUUCCCUUGUUUAUGGGCAGGAGCAUACGGGUAGGGAUGAUUUGGCAUUCGUUUUCUCAUUGAAGGCUGCAGAUAAUGGGACAUUAUAUGGUGUUUGCCUACAUGUACCAGAAAUUGUUCAGAGGCCACCUGCUAUCCUGGGUUCUUCAUCACCCCUAUGUAAUCCAUCUGUAGGAGGCAGCCGGUUUUUGGUAUCUGCACCUCGCUGCUAUUGUUUGCUUACUAGAGUUCCUUUCUUUGAGCUACACUAUGAGAUGCUCAACAGUAUAAUUUCACAGGAGCGUUUGAAUCGAAUAACGCAGUUUGUUAGUGAAAUGAGUCUUUGUGGCUACUCUCCUUCUCCCUCCCCAUCAAGGGGACCAUAUGGAAAUUUUGACUCACCUGGUAGGGAAACUGAGUGGAUGUCAUCAGCAAUUCCUGUUGAUAGUGCAAUAGCCCUCACUGCUGCUGCUGCUGGUAUUAUAACUGAAGAUGAGAUCCCAUCUGCUUCUUCAAAAAAUGGGGAAUCUUUGUCUCCAUCAGAUGCAAGCGACACCUCAGAUUUUUGUCCUUCAAAAGAGGUAGAUCAGGAUGGAAAAAGGAAUCUUCAAGAUUCUGAUGAUGAUAGCUGCACUAAUGGUUUCAGUAGACCUGAUGAGAAUUAUGAAAAUGGCACUUGCUCACCUGAGGCUACCCUGUCAUCCCAGUCUGACAAUCUCAAAAUAGAGAGAAGCAACAGCUCUUUGUCCUUGUACAGUUCAGUGAGAAGCAUGGAUGAAGAUGACUGUUUGUCAAAUCAGGAUAGUGAUUAUUCAGGCGAUUUCAUGAGUAUGGAAUGGGCUAAGGAGAAUAAGAAUGAUUUGCUACAAAUAGUUUGCGCUUAUGAUUCUCUUGUUGUUCCUCCGCGGGGGAACAAGGUAGUUUUUCAUCCACUUGAGCACCUGCAGGCCAUCCAGUACAAACGCUGUUCUGAUACGGAUAUUGGUAUAGAUGAAAUUUCAUUGGAUAUAGAUUUGUGUGAUCCAACAAUGUCUGCUGAGGUCAAUGCAAGGUUAGCAGCUGCAGAGGAAGCUGUUGCAUUAUCUGUUUGGACCACUGCAACCAUCUGUCGAGUGCUUUCUCUUGAUAGUAUUUUGGCUUUGCUUACUGGAGUAUUGUUGGAGAAACAAGUGAUUAUAAUUGGAUCCAACUUGGGUGUUCUUUCAGCGAUAGUGCUGUCCAUCAUCCCUAUGAUCCGUCCAUUUGAAUGGCAAAGUCUAUUUUUAUCAAUUCUCCCUGUGAAGAUGCUUGAUUUUCUUGAUGCUCCUGUUCCUUACAUUGUUGGUCUGAAGAAUAAACCAACAGACUUGAAGAUAAAGACUUCUAAUCUUGUCCUUGCUAAUGUGGCAAAAGAUCAGGUAAAAACGUGUUCCUUGCCAUUGCUUCCUCGGCGAAAGGAACUCUAUUCUGAACUCCGUCCAAUCCAUACUGCACUGGCUGGUCAUCGUAAGAUGGCUGAAAAGCACCCUGUAUAUAAGUGCAGUGAGGAGCAGUCGCCCCUUUUCCGUCAAAUCAACCACCAUGAAUUGCCUAAAUGUUUGACGGAAAGCAUCCCGCAAAACCACUCAGUAGCAGCCUUGGAUGUUUAUCUUGCUACUUAUGCGCUGCCCCAUAUCCACCGUCUCUUCUCGGCGUUUGUUUGCCGGUGCUACAACCACUAUUGGCUGAUGUUAUGAUGUUGCAGUUGCUUGCUGCUUCUUCGUUUCCUUCAUUGUGGAUAUGAAAUAUCAAUGAAAUCAAUUGAUUGGUUCAAAGAGUAGCAGUUAUGGAGUAGUGAGAUGAGAGAGAAGAUAGGUAAACGAAAAGGGGAAGAAGCGGAUCCCAGAAGGAAAUCAAGGAAGGGUUCAAGAAAGGGAUGAAAGGAAAGAAUAAAGGGGCAUGUAAAGGACACAUGGAAGUGUUUAAGGAAUGUUUUACUACUUUUACCUGCAAUAGAAGUUAAUUGAUCGUUGGGACCAAACUUGUAAAAUGACUUGUAUAUUUUGGCCCAUCAUCCGUUAAUUGAUAGUUGGGACCGUUUAAAGAAGAUUACCAAUAGUUGGGACUGUUUAUAUCAAUUUUGCCUAUAAUCCAUUCCAAGUUGCUGAUGUGUUAAAAAUGAGAAGAGGGUGACAGAAAGUGGGAUAUAAAAUGGGGCAUGUGAUCCCAAUUUCUCACCCUAAUUGCAUUUGUCAAGAGAUAAACACUGUAAAUUCUGUAAAAGUUCCCGUGGAUGCUGUUUCUGGGAACUUUUGUGAGAUAUUUUUAGCAGAGGCAACUCUUGCAUUCAUCUCCCAAGUGAUGGAUGUAAAAAGAAAUAAGAUUUGAGUCCAGCUUUGCUUAAUAGACAUGGUUUGAUUUUUAUCAGCUAA